CGCGCAUCUCCUUCCUUCGUCCCCAAUCAUUCUCCCAAUCGACACAUCUCUAUCUCUAUAUAUCUCUUUCUCUCAAUCUAUGACGUCCCUCAAUUCUCACUCAAUCGAUCUUCAUGAGACAUACCCCUAUCUCACGUGAUUCUCCUCCCUCCUCUUCACAUUUCCCAGAUCGGUCGUCACGUUUCUUCGCCAAUUAUCCAUUGGUAUCCACUCAUUCCAUUUAUAUUUAUGUAUCCAGAUCAUCACCUUCACGUAUGCUAGAAUACCCAGAUGCAAUCAACUUGAUUUAGGGCUUUAUUACUAUGCAAUUCGUUUCCUUGUGUUGAGUGGGUCAUUGUUUGGUUCGAUUAUGGAAUCCCCAAAAGGACCAAGCCCUAGGCUCAACACAAUCUCACUGCACAAAGAAAAGAACGAAACCCCAGAUCUUCAAACCUUCGGGCAAGAGUUACCUGACCAUGUUACUCGAUCAGAUCACGUGUUUCAAUCCACUAGUGCUUUGGAAAUCUUGAGAGAAACAGUCAGGAUUUUAAGGUAUAAUCUAAGUGGAUUCAUGGCAAUUGGAGCUUUGUUAAUCUGUCCUGUUUCAGCUGUUUUAUUAUCAAAUGUUUUAGUUGAUCAGUCCAUUGUUAAAAGACUUGCUAUAAGGCUUUUGUUAGUUGCCAAAUCAAGUGGGCUUCCUUUGAGGCCUUUUGUUGAACAUUCUAGCCAGAAAUUCUCAGAAAUGGCCAUUUCUACCACAAUGUGUUUCCCUCUAUACAUCACAUUGUUGUUGAUAUCAAAAGCUGCCGUUGUGUACUCUGUUGAUUGUACUUACUCUCGAAAGAAGUUCGAUUCAUCAAAGUUUUAUGUGAUUAUUAGAAAGAUCUGGAGGCGAAUUGUCUCCACAUACUUGUUAGCAUGCACUGUCAUAGUUGGUUGCCUCACUUUAUUUCUGGUGCUACUUGCUGCUGUUAGCAGCUUGCUUUCUGUAAUCGGGUUCUUCCCGGAUUUCAUUGCAUACACUGCCAUUCUAAUUGGGUUGUUUUUCUCGGUGUUCUUUGCGAAUGCCAUUAUCAUUUGUGAUCUUUCUAUGGUCAUUUCGGUGUUGGAAGAUGUCUCAGGAUCUGAGGCAUUAUUGAGGUCUACUGUUCUAAUUAGGGGCCAGACUCAAGUUGGUCUUAUGAUAUUUCUUGGUUCAACAAUCGGGAUGGCACUCGUCGAGGGAUUAUUUGAGCAUCGUGUGAAAACUUUGAGCUAUGGAGAUGGGUCUUCGAGGAUUUGGGAAGGACCACUUUUGGUGCUCAUGUAUAGUUUCGUGGUGCUUAUAGAUUUUAUGAUGAGUACGGUUUUCUACUUCAGUUGCAAGUCUUACAGUUUGGAAAACGGCUCCAGUAUAGAGUGUCAAUCAGUUUUAGAGGCUUUGACAGCUUCCCCUAUAGCUUCAGAUGAUCCAUCGCCUCUUGUUCACUGAAAAAGACAGAUCUUUCUUGGAAAAAACUUGGUAAACUGUAUGACUAAGUGGAUGAUACAUGAAGGGGUUACCAAAAUCUUUAGCUUUAUGAACUUGUUUUUCUGAGUUCUGACACAGGAGUACACUUAUGGCUGAAGAAUGGCGGGCAGCACUCAAAAGCGCGGUAACUUCCAAUCUUUGAUGAGAACGUAUCCCUUUUGGGAUUCUUUUUUGUUUCGAAUUAGUGUUAGAUACAUUGUUUCUUGAUUGUGGUGGUACAUUAUUACUUAUAGCUGUUUUGAACUUCAUGUACAAUCUGUUGCAGACUUGAGGCUAUAAAUUUAUAGAA